UCGAGACGUUACAAACUGACUGAUUAUGUUUAAAACUUUAAAACUAGAAGUGUUUGCGUUGCAGCUGUUGCUCGCAUUGCAUCAGGUUAAAGUUGCGCGAGCUGCGCCCGUGUCGCGCACGCACGAACAUGUACAUGAACGUCAAGACGCUGUGGAGUUUGAAUGAAUGCUUUCUUAGUGUUUCAAUCCGUGCCAUCGUCGCUCUCUAACACUCAGCAGGCUGAAAUGGAAGCUCGCGACGUGGCCUCUAAUAAGAUGCGCUGUUUUCCUCGUUAAUGUCACGUUUAAAACACCCUCCGGCUUUUAGUUUGUGUGCUCACUACGCAAAUUAUCAAAAAAGCUCCUCUGCAGAUGCGCUGUAAGGACUGCGGAUCUUCCAUAAGCAUUUGUUUAAAAAGAUCAGUGCAAUAUUCCAGGCGGUGGGUGAGUCAGUGAGAAGAGGUGAUUUUUUUGGGGGGGGGAGAUAGAUUCGAGUCAUCGGGAUUUUUCGUGAGGAUUCAUCAUUUGGAGAAUGAUGUGGGGUGGAAGGGGGGCAGCGUGGCUUUGGAUUUGGGCCUGUUUACUGGUGACCAGUGUUCUGGCUGGAAAAAGCUCCAGUCAGAAUGCAGAUGAGCAGAAAGACAACACCACAGUUUUCACCAGGAUUCUGGACAGCCUCCUCGAUGGCUAUGACAACCGUCUUCGGCCUGGUCUAGGAGAGCGUGUAACUGAAGUCAAGACUGACAUUUUCGUGACGAGUAUUGGACCAGUAUCGGACCAUGACAUGGAGUACACCAUAGAUGUGUUCUUCAGGCAGAGCUGGAAGGAUGAGAGGCUGAAAUUCAAAGGUCCCAUGGCAGUGCUUCGUCUCAACAAUCUCAUGGCUAGUAAAAUCUGGACCCCUGACACAUUUUUCCACAAUGGCAAGAAGUCAGUCGCCCACAAUAUGACCAUGCCUAACAAACUUCUACGGAUCACAGAGGAAGGAACUCUGCUUUACACCAUGAGGCUAACAGUCAGAGCUGAAUGUCCGAUGCACUUAGAGGACUUCCCAAUGGAUGCCCAUGCUUGCCCUCUCAAAUUCGGCAGCUAUGCAUACACAAGGGCUGAAGUGGUGUAUGUAUGGACACGAGGGGCAGCGCAAUCUGUGGUUGUGGCUGAUGACGGCUCGCGCCUCAACCAGUAUGACUUGAUGGGACAGACUGUCGACUCGGGUGUGGUGCAAUCCAGCACUGGAGAGUAUGUCGUCAUGAAAACACAUUUCCAUCUCAAAAGGAAGAUAGGUUACUUUGUCAUCCAAACGUAUUUGCCAUGUAUCAUGACCGUGAUCCUGUCCCAGGUGUCCUUCUGGCUAAACAGGGAAUCUGUCCCUGCCAGAACUGUGUUUGGAGUGACCACUGUCCUUACCAUGACUACCCUAAGUAUCAGCGCGAGAAACUCUCUCCCUAAGGUGGCCUAUGCCACAGCCAUGGACUGGUUCAUUGCUGUUUGUUAUGCCUUUGUCUUCUCGGCUCUCAUAGAGUUUGCGACGGUAAACUACUUCACAAAGAGAGGUUACGCUUGGGAUGGGAAAAGUGUGGUGCCAGAAAAGCAAAAGAAGAAGAAGGAGUCAUUGCUGAAAAAGAACAACACCUACACUGCUGCAACAGCAACAGCUUUUGCUCCGAACAUUGCCAGAGACCCUGGUUUGGCAACUAUUGCUAAAAGCGCCCCCCCUCCCCCAACUGAGCCCAAGGAAGAGCCAAAACCCAAAGCUCCUGAGGCAAAAAAGACCUUCAACAGCGUGAGCAAGAUCGAUAGGAUUGCCAGAAUAGCCUUCCCGUUGCUCUUCGGAACCUUUAACUUAGUGUAUUGGGCAACCUACUUGAAUAAAAAACCCAAAUUACAGGGUGCCGUGCAACCACACUAAGUCUAUCUUCUCUGUCUUUUUUUUCUCCUUAUGUUUCCAAACAAUUACAAAAAAGUGAAAAGAAACAAUUUGUCUCAAAUUUGUUUCAAUGUUAGUCGAGUUCCCACUUUCAAGUUUGUGUCAACAUAUGUAACAUACUGUAUCUUCCUAUAUGAUUGCAAAGUUACUUAUUGUUAGUAGAGUGUUUAAAAUGGACCAUCGAAAUAGUGUAACAGAAUAAUAGUUUCAAACUAAUUUCCUUAAGGAAUAGUUCACCCAUAAAUACAUUUUCUGUCAUUAUAUACUCUUCUUCAUGUUGUUCCAAUGUACGAUCUUGUAGAACACAAAAUGAGACACUUUUUGUUACAAUGGCCGUUUAGUGACUAUGUCUGUCAAGACCUGAAAAGGACAAAAACACCAAUAACUAGCACCAUAAAAGUAAAAAUAUACCAUACACUUCUAAAGUCUCAUUCUUCACAUGACGCUACCACAUGGCUUUAGAAGAUUUACAGUAUAGAUUUUGUAUAGAAUAUUUUUAUGGUGCUUUAUUUUUUUUUUUUUUCAUGUGGUGAAAAACUAUGUAGGUGUAUGUGCAAGCUAAAAAAUAAAUGAAAAAAAAUCUUCUGUGUUCCAGAAAAAAAAGCCUACAGUUUAAAUAAAUUGGGUGAACUAUUCUUUAGAUGUUUAUUUCAACAUUUAAAUACUAUGUUUUUUUGCAUUACAUUAGCAAUGUACAUGGAAUAAGUUUGCAUGGGUGAAGCUUUUCUAUACCCAAUCAACAGCUUGAUUUAAACAGUCAUGUGUUUCUCUGUUUUCUUUAGCCUGUGUUUUGAAUCUUUCGUUAUUUGACUUUAUAUUCUACUAGGGUUCCAUUAACAGCAAUAAAACAUGUCUCAGUGGAGAAGAAAAAAAUACUCAUGGAUAUAAAAAAUUAAAGAGAACUUAAAAAAAGAUUAAUGUGUAUAUCAUAAAGCAUACUAUUUAUUUAGUUUUCAUGUAAAUAUAAAGUGUUAGAGAUGUCAAUAUUCAUUUUGAGCUUUGCUAAAUGUAACUACAAGGUACAAACUCAGUGCUUGCCAGAAAGAGAGCUUUGUGUUUCGAUUUGUGCAGAUCAUUGAGAAAAUUUGGGUAUGCAUUUUUUUCCCCUACUGGACACUAGUUUGGAUUUACCUUUUCAUGAUAAUAAUAAUAAUACAUAAAUUAAAGUACACUAGAUACAUAGAAGAAAAAAUUUAAACUUCUGUUGAUGUCAGAAUGCAAUUUUAUAUUAACAUUAAAUUACUCUUUAGUCUUUAUUUUGAUAGAUGGCUUUUGAAACAUUGUGGGUGGUGCACAAUUAUGGCACUAGGGGUUAUCACUUAAGUCAUCACUUAAGUCAGAAUGGUUCAAGAGUAGUGCCUUGUAUAUAUUUGCAAGUUGAAAGGGUACUUUCUUAGAAGGUGCUCUACUUAUUUGUUUUCAUUUUAUGGGCAACCUUUUAAAAACAUCACUGAAGAAAGUCUCAGCCACACUGCCUUUUGUCUCACAUAUCAUAGUAUACAUAUAAGCAUAAUCCAUUACAGACAUGUUUGUCCCUGCUUGUUAAUGCAAACUAAAAGAAGACAUUUCUAGAUAUUCUCCAUGUAUGUGAAUACACUGUUCUACAUAUUAAUAUGUCUUGUAAUGCUAAAACAAUGCCAAAUUCUUUUUAUGUUUGUGGCAUGUCAGUUGCACCUAUUAAAAAACAACUUAUAAAGGAGUAUGCUCUCUAUUUUUGGAUUGAGAGAGAGGGAGAGAGAGAGAGGAGUUCUUUUAAAUGAGGAACUUGGGCGUAAUCAUACUUUACUUUGAUGUAGCAAUAUAGAUUAGUAAGGGCUUUUUGUGAUUGAAGUGAUAAAAAGGCACACCUUUAUAAUCAAUUUGAAUUGCUAUUCUCGGUAUUAAUGUAUGCCUAAGUUGGCAGUGCUCCUGUUUUGUCGAUUUGUUACUUUCUUUGUUUAAAAUAUGCUUUUUUUUUUCUUUUUCAAAUAGAUUUUUUUUUUGGUGUAUGUCACUGAAUAUGUAUAUUUCUGACACAUUGUCUGAUGCAGAUAAAUGUCAUGUUACCCCAAUUUUAAAAAACAAAAACCUUUUUGAUAGUACCUGGGAAUUUGCUGAGUUUGUGCCAGAUCAAGCAAAGACCGAACGUUUACUCUGGGAUAUGUGUGUGCACAUGCACAGUCAUGGAGUCCAAUGGAGCCAGACUUUUGUGAAUGCGGUAAAGUUGAUUGAGGUUUCAACUCAGUAUGUUGAAUUGAUGUUUAAUAUCAUGUUGAAACAGUAUAUAUAACACGAUAUCCAUGAUGAUACUUCUAAAGAUGCAGCGUUUUAUUUGUACCAACCUGUUGUUAUGCAUUUUGCACAUUAUAGGCAUAUUUGAUAUUUAUGUAGUCAGCUUUGUGCUAUGCAAGGAUAGCUUUAAACCAUAUUAAUUAGCUUCCCACCCCUCAUCACUGUCGUUUUCAAUAUAUAUAUAUUGUAAAAAGUCAGUUAUAAACUGUGCACCCUAUUUAGCUGUAGGACUGUUUGUCAUUCAGAAAAUCUAAAGAUGGGUUGUUCAGUUUUGGAAUAAACAAAUUCAAAGAUAUGGUAAUGUUGCAAUAAAAAAAUGUGGAUUGAAAAUAAUUCAGUUGGUGUAUUUUUAUUAUUUACACAUCAAUGAAUAGACACAUUUGGAUUGUUUUGUUGCAUCUAAUGAUAUAUAUUUUUAAUGUGUUAUGAAUUAAGAAUUUGUAUUUUUUUUAUGGGAGAUUAUAGCAUUUCAUAUGCACACCAGAUUAUGAACGUGGGUUUUUGAUUUAGCAGUGUACUGGAGAAAUCCAACAUGCUGUAAUAAAAAAUAAAAAAUAAAACUACAUGUGCUUGCCCUAAGUUGAAGUGACUAAAGGAUGAACUUGUGCAUACAUGGUCAUUGGCACAAACAGCUUUGUCAAGAGGGAAAAAUGAUUAAUUCUGCACUGUACACUGGGAAAUGGCUAUUGUCUUCGUAAAGGUUUGCUGUCUUAAUGUUAAAGCCCUGUAUAAUUUGAUUAUCUUCAUUAGCCAUACAAUAAAAAAAGAAAUCCAUA